UCACAGCCUCCUCCGGAGCGGACGGACGGCUGUCGCGUCCCCUCGCGGAGGACCGGGCUGAGUGGGCGGCCACUCGCGUGCGUGCGAGCUCGCCGCCGAGGAGGGAGGGCGCUCCCCGAGUCGCUGCUGGCGCGCACGUGGUGGGGAGGAUGGAGACUUGAGAACCUGGCGCAGAGUUGGGAGAAGUGGCCAAGACCCUGUGUCCUUUCCCGGCUGAGGUGUAGCGGUUUCUCCCCGGACUGGUGACAUCUCAGCCUCAGUUUCCUCGUUUCUGAAGCUGCUCGUGGGGGCCUGUGACUUCGAGACCCAACAUGAGUGACAUUGCCUGCAAAAAGCGGGAUGACUAUCUGGAAUGGCCUGAGUAUUUCAUGGCGGUGGCCUUCUUAUCAGCCCAGAGAAGCAAGGAUCCGAAUUCCCAGGUUGGAGCCUGCAUUGUGAAUACGGAAAACAAGAUUGUUGGGAUUGGGUACAACGGGAUGCCAAACGGGUGCAGUGAUGACCUGUUACCUUGGAGGAGAACAGCAGAAAAUAAGCUGGACACUAAAUAUCCGUACGUGUGCCACGCCGAGCUGAACGCCAUCAUGAACAAGAACUCGGCUGAUGUGAAGGGCUGUAGUAUGUACGUCGCCUUGUUCCCAUGUAAUGAAUGCGCCAAGCUCAUCAUCCAGGCAGGUAUAAAGGAAGUUAUUUUCAUGUCAGAUAAAUACCACGACAGCGAAGAGACAACGGCCGCUAGGCUCAUGUUUGAACUGGCUGGGGUUACGUUCAGGAAAUUCACACCGAAGUACAGCAAGAUUGUCAUUGACUUUGAUUCAAUUAAUAGCCGACCGAACCAGAAGCCUCAGUGAGUUCCUCCUCGUUAAAUGCCCCGGAAGAAGGCUCGUCUCCUCUGAGAAGCCGCCGGUGCCUUUCAUCUUGAAGUUGCACAUAACUUUUUAAUAGCUGACGUCGCACACGUAGACGUGUAAAGAAUAUGAAACCUUGAAUCUUCCUCCCUGUCCCUGCCGUCACCUGGAUCCACGUCUGUUUAAGCUGUGGAUUUAGUUUGAAUUAGAAACUAAAGGCCAACCCGCGGGGCUGGAGCGAAGUCCUUCCCCAUCCACUGCCGGUGUGGCUGGGAUGAGGGUUAGGGCAGUUAGGGCAGUGUCUGCUCUGUCAUCCACCAAAUUCCAGCAACUGCUCCUCGAUGCUACAUGGGCCAGGACAUACAAAUGAUUGCUUGUGUUCUAGCAGGAGUGAGCAGACCCACGGUGAUAUCAACAUCUGGCCCAGAGGAAGCAUACCCUGACACGCCCUUGGAGAAACAAGCAGGACCCAGUGUGCCGGUAGCAGGAAAUUUUCUGCUGCGGGGUUGAGGGGAGCUGUCACCCACCCACCUACCCAGGGAAGGGUGAGGACGGCCCAUGUCCUGGCAGAUGAUCAGUUCUUGCUUUCCCGCCAUACACACAGCAGUGGCACGCCGUCCCUCUGGAGGGUAGCGACCUCUGUGGCUCCAGCUUCUCAUCCUUGGUUUGUUGGUCAUGUAGCACUGUUAAAUCGAUCUGAGUGAUGAGUGGCUCUCCAGGAGGCAGCCUAUCACUCCCUCUAGACCAGCUGUUGGUGACAGCUGGAGUUGUAUGGCUGGGUGGUGUGGGGCAUCUCCGCCCCCUCCCCAUCCCGUUUCCCCUGCUGUGUGGGAACGUCACUCCUCCACGUGCCAACAUGGUUCAUUUUCAAGGGCACCCUACAACCAGAGGGUACAUUAAUUCCUGUCCCGUAAGAGAAGUGUGUGUUUACCUGGCGGUCGUCCAUUCUGACCUGCUGGGGAUUGUGCCCCGUUUGUGUCUUCAGCCAGCACAGGAGGCAUCUCCUUCAUCCGUGCGGUUGGGGGAAUGUUCCGCUGUGUGCUUUGUUUUCAAUUUCAUCUAACUUCUUUUAAACAUGCUCAGUGCCCUUGACUAAAAUGGUUUCUUUUAGGGUACUCUUAUUUUUUCAUGGGUCUUGAUUUUGUCCCAGAAAUUUUUGUUUUGUUUUGUUUUUUACUCUGUGUUAUGGGGCCUUUUGUAAUUUGACUCUUUACCAAUAUUAUUAAAAUUUUA